UUUCUGAUUUUACUCUGAAAUAAGUCACCAGUGGAUGACGGGAUACGAAUCCAAGGUGUCAAAGGAAUUUUGGAGCCAGUGGCUUUGAAAAAUGUGGAUGUGACUUCAAACGUCAGCGCGACACUUCCAGAGUCCUGUUGCACAAUGAAAGACGACUUUACUGAUGAGGAGGAGGUGCAGUACUUCGGUUAUAAGCGGUUUGGAAUUCAGGAGGGGACCGAGUGCACCAAGUGUAAAAAUGACUGGGUUCUGAGAGCAGCUAUUGCCCUGCUCUAUGUGCUCUGUGCCCUCCUAACCAUAGCUGUGGCCAUCCUAGGAUACAAAGUGGUCCAGAGAAUGGACAGUGUGACAGAAGGCAUGGAGAAUUAUGGAGGCAAGAUAAAUGCUGUGGAAACAGACAUAAAGAAACUAGAUGAUCAGGCAGGACAGAAGUCGGUUAAUACUACAAGUGAAAUCAAGACUUUCAAGUCAGACCUCCAGGCUUUAAAGAAUGACAUGAAUGAUAUUGCCCUCAGGGCAACUAAAAACAGGGACAUGCUGGAUGAACUUCAGAUCACAGGAGAUGACAUACAAAGCAGCCAUGUCUCUUUACAAAGUUUUCUCGAAGGCAACACUGCCUCACUGCAUGGGAUAAACCAGUCCUUGGCCUCAUACAGUGAAAUGAUUGAUGACCUCCAGACAGACACUGCAUGGCUUCAGUCAGAGUUGCAGAACCAGGUCAAACUGCAGAGUCAAACUGAGGUUGGCAUCAACGCAUUAAACAUCACCCAGACCCAGCAACGCAAUCUGCUCACCACACUCCAGAAAAUGGUCGAGGACACAAGCCAGGCUGUGCAGAAACUGAAGAAUGACUACCGUGGUCUACAGCAGGUAUCCAGACAGAUCCAAAGUGACUCAGAGUGGCUGAAGCAAAAGGUUCAUAACAUCCAGAUUCUGGCAGCCAACAACACAGCACUGGCUCGUGCCAAUGGAGACGCCCUGGAUGAUUUAGGGUCUCAGGUUACCUCACUGGCCAGCAAGAUCCAGAACACAUCAGCCCACACUGAGAGACUGGACCAGAGCUUGCGUGAACUGAUGGACCGCCAAAGAGACCACGAUAAUGCUACAUCAUUUAAGUCUGACGAGAUGGAAUCACGAUUAGAUAGGCACGAGAAUGACAUUGACCGUGUGACGGGAAAUUUUAGUUUCGCCGCACAGAUCCUUGGUACAAUCACCUCCGACCUGAACGGCUUGAGGUCCUGUGCCGAAACAGUGAUGCAUCAUUCGGACUUCAUUCUGGGACUCAACAGUAGUGUGACAGAGGUCAAGACUGAUAGCAAAGAGCUGCGGACUCAACAAGAAGAGCUGUCAGCAAGACUGGACAAAGAAGUAAACAACCUCACGAUGGUGAUGAAGGAGAUGACGCUGGUGGACUCCAAGCACUCAGAGCUCAUCAGUAACUUCACCAUCCUGCAGGGUCCACCCGGCCCAAGGGGCCCUCGGGGUGACAAGGGCCCCCAGGGUCCAGUGGGUUUGACAGGACAUAAAGGUGAUAAAGGAGACAAAGGUUUACAGGGUGUAGCUGGAAACAGAGGAGAGAAAGGUGCUCCUGGACUGCCAGGUUUGACUGGUUCAAAGGGUGCAGUUGGGCCCCAGGGACCUCCUGGGCCUAAAGGAUCCAGGGGCAAUGGAGGCCGGCCCGGAAUACCUGGUGAUAAAGGUGACCCUGGAGAUGCUGGACUUCCUGGUAUGGAUGGACUACAAGGGCUGCCGGGGCCACCAGGGCCACAGGGCCUAAGAGGAGAAGCAGGGGCUGUAGGUUUGGAGGGGCCUCGUGGGCCUGUUGGACCCAUUGGCCCACCUGGGCCUCCAGGGCUACCUGGACUUCCUGCACCUCCUCCUCCUCAACAUCCACAGCCCACUAAGCUCCCUAAACUUCCUCAACAUACCAACACACCUCAGCCUCCCAAACCGGAACUACCUGCACAAGAUCAUACCCCCAAACCAAAAGUUGGAGAACUUCCCAAAAAACCUGAACCUACCAAACUACCCGAACAAACACAAGGUUCUGUAUCUCGGCAGGUUCAACUCCCUGUUAAGACUAUGUCAACACCAGCUUGCCCACCUGAUUUGAGAGGUUUUGGAGACAGCUGUUAUUACUUCUCCUCAGGAGCUCAGAGACUCAAUUUUAAUGAGGCCAAUAUGCUUUGCAUCAACAUGUCCUUUCAUAUGCUCAUUAUCAACAACAUUGAAGAGCAGGAAUUUGUGAGAAACCAGACAGCAGGAAAAGGUUACUUCUGGAUGGGUCUCACUGACAGAGUGGAGGAAAACGUCUGGAUGUGGGUUGACGGAACUUUACCCAUUUUCACGAACUGGAAGCCCGGUCAGCCUGAUAACUGGACUCACGGUCACGAAGAUGGCGAGGAUUGUGCCGGGCUCAUUCAUAAUGCCAGCUGGAAUGACUUCUACUGCACUGAUCGUAUUGGCUUCAUCUGUGAAAGGCCGUCUGACUCAAUGCCUCUUUUCACGACCAACCCUUUUGACCAAGAUGUUGAGAAAGCAACCAGUGAGAUGAACACAGCUGAGGACUGGGGCCUCAUUCUGGACAUAUGUGACAAGAUAGGACAGUCUCGCACAGGACCGAAAGAAUGUCUCCGCUCUAUUAUGAGAAGAGUAAACCACAAGGACCCCCAUGUGGCCAUGCAGGCACUGACUCUGCUUGGUGCUUGUGUGUCAAACUGUGGGAAGAUAUUUCACUUGGAAGUGUGCUCCAGAGAGUUUGCCAGUGAAGUCAGUAAUGUUUUAAACAAGGGUCACCCUAAAGUGUGUGAGAAGUUAAAAGCGCUGAUGGUGGAGUGGGCGGAGGACUUCCGCAGCGAUCCCCAACUCAGCCUGAUUUCAGCCAUGAUCAAGAAUCUACGUGAGCAGGGUGUCAGUUUUCCUGCUGUAGGCUCUCAGGCUGCAGAGCAAGCUAAAGCAAGCCCUGCUUUAGUAGCAAAAGAUCCUUCCUCAUCAACAAACAAAAAAGAAGAAGAAGACUUGGCCAAAGCUAUUGAGCUGUCAUUGAAGGAGCAACGUCAGCAGCCUCAAACGUCUUUGUCAAGCCUUUACCCGAGCACCUCCAGCCUGCUUUCAUCGCACAAAUCUGAUGGUAGAAAGGUUCGCGCCAUCUACGACUUUGAAGCAGCUGAGGACAAUGAGCUCACAUUCAAGUCAGGAGAAAUUAUCACUAUCCUGGAUGACAGUGACCCCAACUGGUGGAAAGGGGAAACAUACCAGGGAGUGGGCUUGUUCCCAUCUAAUUUUGUCACAGCUGACUUAACUGCAGAGCCUGAAAUGAUAAAGCCUGAAAAAAAGUCAGUACAGUUCAGUGAAGAAGUCCAGGUGGAGACCAUUGAACCUGAGCAAGAGCCUGUAUAUAUAGAUGAGGAUAAAAUGGACCAGCUGCUGCAGAUGAUCCAGAGCGCAGAUCCCACAGACAACCAAUCAGACAGUGUAGAGUUACUACAGCUAGAAGGUGCCUGCAAUCAAAUGGGACCACUCAUUGACCAGAAGUUAGAAGAUAUAGACAGGAAGCACUCUGAGCUAUCAGAGCUGAACGUGAAAGUGAUGGAAGCGCUGUCUUUGUAUGCCAAGCUGAUGAAUGAAGAUCCAGUGUAUGCUAUGUAUGCCAAGCUGCAGAGCCAACAGUACUACAUGCAGCAGCCUGCCAACACUGUGCAGCAGGUUUACCCUGGCCAGCCUGCCUCAGGUUCCUAUGCCAUGAGCACCACUGGGGUGCAAGGUUAUAGUGUUCCCAUGGAGCAGAUUCCAGCUGGCGCCCCCAUUCCUGGUCACCCAACCCCCAGUGACGCCCAUAUGUACAUGGGACAGGCGCCAGUGUACAGUGCAGCCCCUGGCACGAUGGCGCCAGCAGAUAUGCAGUCCUACCAGAACCCUGCCAGCGCCCCUGGUACGAAUCCUGCAGGCAUGACGCAGACGGCAAACUACAGCACCCCCUCUGGACAGAACAACGCACCUCCCCCAGACACUCAACAGUACUCAGAGAAAGCCUUGCUAUAGGGCCUCCUCAGCUCAUAGUAAUGCUAUUACAUACACAUCAACAUGUACAUGAGCUGAUCUAAUAGUGGUUGUAGAUAAUGAUUUACUUUUUUUUUGUAAUUUUGUUAUCUAACUUUUAUUGUGAACACCAGCUGGAUGGGAUACAUUGCAUUAGUAAAUCAGUCACUAAGGAGUAUUUUGUCUUUGGUAUCUGGCAUGCUUUGUUUUUUUUUUUGUUGUUUUUUUUGCAGUUCCUGAAAGCUGGUGCCAGUACAGUUAUACUUGCUAUUCCAGUUUUCAGAAGGGGUUAUGUGGGCUUUCUGAGCUCAUGGCCUCCCAUUCAUUCUCUUACAAAUGUUUCAUUAUGCCUUCACCCAGCACGUCAAAGCUUUAAGGCAGCGAUACACUACAUGUUAAUAUAAUGCAAAAGUGUGUUGCAGAAUAACCAUUUGCCCCUAUGGUAAUCCACACAGGAGCAGGAGGGUGGGAGUUUCACAACAAAAUGGCUCUACCUGUAGCCCAUGCAGAGUUAUGGAAUGACAGAG